GUUUAGAGUUUUAGUUUGAUAUGUCUGGAACGGAGGAGGACGCAACUCUGAGCGCGAGGUUGGAUGAGGCGCUACGAGCUAUAGAGGAGGCCAAGGCUGAGACGAAGGAGUCCAAAGCUGAGACGGAGGAGCUUAGAGCAGCAAAGCGGCGGUCUGCGGGUGCACCUGCCGGCAGCAGCUCAGGAGGCGACGGUCUAGUUGCUCCUGGAGGGGCUUCAUCUGCACCGGUGAGGCCAAUGUGGCCAGGCGGGGUGAGUCAUGAUGGCGGUACUGGGGUGCCGGGUUUGCCUCUGGGAGAUUGCGCCGCCCCCCGCAGGUUCGAGGGCACGUGCGGUGCAUGCGGCCAGUACGGUCACAUGUGGCGCAACUGUGCCAAGAGCAACCGGCACCCCCACCUCAACGUCGUCACUUCUGCUGGUGCCCUCGGUCCGGAGUACGCGUACACCGCCGCGGAUACAUCGGCCGUCCAAUUUCGUGAUGUCCCGGCGGCCGAUGGCGUAUACUACAGUGACACCAUGCUGGCCGGCGCUGGUGGCGGCGGCAACGGUGGUGGUGGUGCUGGCGGUGGUGGCAGCGGCGGUGACAAUGGCGGUGGUGGCGGUGGAGCGAUCGUACAGCAGCAGGUAGUGACACCGGGCGAGCCUUACUUUGAUGUUGUCGACAUUUUCCACGGCAGCAGCGGCGUGGAAGGUGAAAAUGGCGGCGGCAGCGGUGGUAGUGACGCGGCGGGAGCGGGCCCUGAGGCGCUUGGCAACGGCGAGGGUACCUUCGGUGGCGGUCUCUUCGCGAUGCACCUUGUCUGUUCCGUUACCUCAUCCCCCCCCGUGCGCGAACCAUCCGACCUUUUCCCACAUCGCCCGGGUUCGACGGUCUUCCUUGGAGACACCGGCGCCGUAGUCCACGUGGUCCCUUCUGGGGAAAAGGUGUACAACAGGCGCCCGCCGCUCCCGGAGGAGCGACUACUCAUGCUUGGCGACGGUACGCACAUCCCGGGAGACUUUUUCGGUGACUUGGACGUGAUCUUCCACUGCCCUGAGGACGUGCGCGUCACCCUGCAGAAUGUUGGUGUGGUACCGGGUUUGGCGCUAGAUAUUCUGUCGCUGAACAAGAUCCAGGAUCGCCAUGAGAUCAAGCUUAACCGGCAUGGAGCAUCGAUCUUGGGGGGGCGAGUGCGCAUGACAAAAUUCCCUCACGGGAAUUACAUCCAGGGGACUCGCGUUGAUCGACUGCCUCAACGCGACUCACCCCCUCAGCCCCCCGCGAUGGUUGCGGCGAUGCUACGGCCUGGCACGCAAUCCAGCAUCGACUACAACGCUCUUCACUGCUCCCUCGGUCAUGCCAAUUCCAAGACGCUGUACGAGACUGCCAAGCAGAUGGGUAUCAAGGCGACCGGCACUCCGGAGUACUGCGAUGAAUGUGCGGGGUCGAAGGUGAUUCAGCGCUCGGUCCCCAAGGUCAUCUCCCCCUCCCGCCGGACGACGCGGCCUCUUGAGCGUGUCGCGAUGGACCUAGCCGGUCCGUUCGGCCAAUCCAGCGGCGGUACCAAGUACGUGAUCCAGAUCCUGGACCACGAGACCAACUACGGAUGGGUUUGCUGUCUGCGGGACAAGAGCGGUACAAACGUGGUUGCGGCCUAUCGUGCGUGGUAUGCCUCCAUCAAAUCGCUCUUGGCUACUCACGGGAGACUGGGCUGCGUUAUGACCGACAACAGCACGGAGUGGGUCAACGCGGAGUUUCGGGGGCUGCUUGCGGAGCUGAACAUUACGCGGGAGCUCACGGCGGUCGACGGGCCCAAGAGCAACGGUCGUGUGGAGUGGAGGAUUGCACUAAUGAUGGUGGGGGGCAAGGCUGCGUUUGUGGAGUUCCCGAAGCUUUUCCCCGGAGUCACGUUCCCGACCAAGGCGCUGUCCUUCCGGGCCAUCUGGCCCGAGGCCUUCGCGUGGAUGAACGACUCUCUGAACAUCGCAGCGGAGGUGAGCAAGGAAGACAAGCGGUGCCCGGAAGUUAAGCUGUACGGCAGGAGGAGGAUCCGAGUGCUUCUGCCGUUCAUGAUGCCCGGCUUCCGUCACCGUCACCGCCCGUCCAAGAUGCACAGCAAGGGAGGGCGGUGCUUUUAUCUGAACUCAGGCCAGGAUCAUUCCUCUACGACGCACAAGAUCAUCACGCCGGCUGGGGUGCCCACCUACUCCNACGGCAGGAGGAGGAUCCGAGUGCUUCUGCCGUUCAUGAUGCCCGGCUUCCGUCACCGUCACCGCCCGUCCAAGAUGCACAGCAAGGGGGAGCGGUGCUUCUAUCUGAACUCAGGCCAGGAUCAUUCCUCUACGACGCACAAGAUCAUCACGCCGGCUGGGGUGCCCACCUACUCCGAACACUGCACCUUCGGCUUCAGCAGCCAGGGCUUUCGAGGAGAUGGGCCAUCGGCGGCAGCUCCAGCGGCGACGGCGGUGACCUCCGGUGGCAGUGUUCCCCCCGCGGCGGCGGCGGGGGGGAUGGCCGGAAGCCCCGCGGUGGCGGCCGGAGCGGCAGCAUCGGCGGCAGCUCCAGCGACGACGGCGGCGACCUCCGGAGGCAGUGUUGCCCCCGCGGCGGCGGCGGGGGUUAUGGCCGGAGGCCCCGCGGUGGCGGCCGGAGCGGCAGCAUCGGCGGCAGCUCCGGCGGCGACGGCGGCGACCUCCGGUGGCAGUGUUCCCCCCGCGGCGGCGGCGGGCGGGCCCGCAGUGGGCCCCGCGGUGGCGGCCGGAGCGGCAGCAUCGGCGGCAGCUCCAGCGGCGACGGCGGCGAUCUCCGGUGGCAGUGUUCCCCCCGCGGCGGCGGCGGGGGGAAUGGCCGGAGGCCCCGCGGUGGCGGCCGGAGCGGCAGCAUCGGCGGCAGCUCCAGCGGCGACGGCGGCGACCUCCGGUGGCAGUGUUCCCCCCGCGGCGGCGGCGGGGGGAAUGGCCGGAGGCCCCGCGGUGGCGGCCGGAGCGGCAGCAUCGGCGGCAGCUCCGGCGGCGACGGAGCAGCGGCAGCAUGAGCAUAUGACGGAGCCGGAGAGCAGGGUGGAGAGCGGAGCAGCGCGCAGCGCGGUGUUGGCGGAACUUGCGCGGAUGGCGGGGGGGCCUUCGCGGAUGAGCACAUCUGCGGCACCUGUUGCCACACCUGCCCCCGUGCACUCGGCGGCGAUGGCAUCGGACGGACUGUGGACGGAGAUGGUGCAUGAGGGCGGUACAGGCGGACGUCGUCGGCAGGGGCAGCGGGAGUUUGUAGCGACCCCCGCAGUGACGAGGUCGCGGGCGAGGCGAGAUGGGCCGGGGCUGGGGAUAAUUGCUCUUCUAGCCACGGAGGACGAGAUCAAGGGGUCUAUCGCCGAGCUUCCUGCACCGGGCGUCGCUGAGCCAUCCCUGCCGACGGGGCUGGUGUGCGACCUGGAGACGCCUGAGACAUACGGGGAGGCGCACGCGGGUCCCCACCACCACAUCUGGACCAAUGCCAAGCGCAAGGAGUUUUUCGGGCUGAAUGCAGUGGGUACCUUCGAGGCGGUCGGGGCGGAAUAG